UUUAAACCACUACAUAUUUUAUCUUUGCUGAAGAGAACGCCAAGGAAAGAGGCAGUCAUGGCGCGAACUCUUCUGUUGGCGUUUGCUUUAUUCUUUAACCAUGCCUAUGCCAUGAUUCAGUUGAAGGAUUUCUAUCCGUACGGAUUGAAAAACGGAGACCGUAAUCAGACACGGAGAAAUGAUGAUCAGUUUGAUGGACCCUUGAAAUUAAAAGUGCCGUAUCCGUUCUUUAGCGGUGUGUACCAGAGCCUUUACGUGAACACAAACGGCGCCGUGUCCUUCAAGAAAGGUAUCAGGCAGUAUACCCCCGAGGCCUUCCCGCUCAACGACACCAUGUUGACGCCAUUUUGGGCUGACGUAGACACCAGAAACUGGGGCCAGAUCUACUUCAGAGAGACGCAAGAUCCGGCUCUCCUGCUGAGGGCCAGUAAAGAGAUCCAGGACAUCUUCUUGACCCACAUGGACUUUACGGCCAGGUCGCUGUACAUUACAACCUGGUAUGACGUCACGUACUAUGGCGGGAACAACGCCACCUCGAGAAAUACGUUCCAGUCCAUCAUGGUCACUGACGGCAGAAGUUCUUUCGUCAUCUUCCUGUACAAUGAAAUCCACUGGACAACCGGAACUGCCAGUGGAGGAACCCAAGACGGGCUGAACGGAGUAGCUGCUCAGGUUGGCUUCAAUGCCGGGGACGGGAAGAACUACUACGCCGUGAAUGGGUCCCGUACCGGGGCCAUCAUUAACAUCGGGUCCAUGAGUAACGUGGGUCAGCCAGGAAAAUGGGUGUUCAGGACCGAUGACCUUGACAUCAAGGACCCCGAGUGCAACCUCAACGGCAAGGCCGACAUUUCCUUAAACCCAAACAAAGUCCAGCUGAAGGGCGGUGACGUCAUUUUCAUCUCCGGUCCCUGCUUCAAGAAAUCCAUGGAUAUUCGUUGUCAGUUUGGCAGCGUUCAGGUGACAGGCUCAUUCGAGAGCGUGCUGCGAGUGUCGUGUGUCGUCCCUCCCAACCUGAACCCCGGUGUCACCAACGUGGGACUGUCUACAGAUGGCGGAAAGACGGUCACGAAUAUCCAGACGCCGUUAACUAUACAAUGCAACGCAGGCACGUGGGGUCCCCCCAGCUGUACCAAUCGGUGUCCCCCCUGUGCCCGGGGGUCAGUGUGUGACCCGGUGACUGGACAGUGUCCGAACAGCUGUGCCCCUGGCUACUCCAACCCUCCCCAGUGUGACCAAGCAUGCGCUCCUGGUACUUUUGGCGAGAACUGCACCGGAAGUUGUCACUGCGAGAAUGACGCAGCCUGUCACGUGGUCCGUGGGACGUGUCCUUCAGGGCAAUGCGCACGUGGAUGGAGUGGACCCACCUGUCAAGUGAAGACAGCCACACCUGCUGGGUGCCCUCCUGGAAAAUUCGGAGCCGACUGUACUUCGUUCUGUCGCUGCAGAGAUCUGGCCUCAUGUGACCCCGUCACUGGGAACUGUCGUGACAACGCGUGUCAAGAUGGAUACCAGGGACAGGACUGUCAAACAAAAUGUCCAGAAGGUUCGUUUGGUCAGGCGUGUUCCAAGCAAUGUCAGUGCGCCUUGGGCGGAAGUUGUCAUCACGUGACUGGGAUGUGUCCCACUGGUUGCAAGGCGGGACGUACGGGUUCGGACUGCCAACAGGAGUGUUUGGACGGUACCUUCGGUCCUGACUGCUCCUACACGUGUCACUGUGACGGCGGGGUUCCCUGCAACAAAGAGAUGGGGCACUGCCCUGGGAAGACUUGCACUCCGGGGUGGGUCGGGCCCACGUGCUCAGAUCGUGACUGGAACUCGUGUGUGUACAAGGGUAAGGCGUACAAACACGGAGAGCAGUGGAAUGACGGGUGCUCAGAGAUCUGUUACUGUGCCAUGUCUGUAGUCAAUGCCACCUUCUGCUACAGCAAAUGUAUGGACUACAAGAGCUUGCAGCCGGGCUGUAGACUGGAAGUGCCGCCUGGUGAAUGUUGUCCCAGACCCGUGUGCAACUGGUUCAAGCAGUGUCGGUAUAAAGGUCAGACAUAUAACGAGGGCGAGAGCUGGGAAGACGGAUGUGACUAUGACUGCAGGUGCUUGAACGCGACGUCUGGUCUUGUCAUGUGCAGGAGCAAGUGCGACAUUUACCGCGACCUCCCGUCCGUGUGCUCUCUGGUGGACGUGCCUGGCCAGUGUUGUCCUGCUCUACAAUGUAACGGCCCAGUGAACUCCGUCAUCAGCUCGUCAAAACAGGUCCUCAACCUUGUCAACGGCUUUGUGAUCUACAACGGUGGCUUCAAGCCCCAGGUCAGCCAGGUGACCAGUGGUCCUGUAGUGACCACCGAGGCACCAGAUGGUCCGGGCUAUACUCUGACACCUAUAUACGAGAAAGAGCCUCUUUGUUACGAUAAGUUAUCCAACUGUCCGAACUACCAGGAAUAUUCCUGCAGGCAGCCUUACGUCCCCUGGGCUAGGAAGAACUGCCCCAAGUUUUGUGGCUACUGCCCCACAAUCGGUGGAAACUCUAAAGGCGAACCGUGCGUGUUCCCGUUUUAUUACCGCGGCGAGAACUACACCACGUGCAUCGUGGCCGGUCACGUGCGUCCCUGGUGCGCCACAACUUAUAACUACGACAAGGAUACAAAGUGGGCUAAUUGUCACUCUGGAAUACAUGAUGCUUUCUGUACAAAUAAGAUCAGCGACUGCGCCCGAUACGGAAAAAAUGCAUGCGUAGGCGAUUACCUUGACUGGGGCAAGUCUAACUGCGCAAGGUAUUGUGGGUACUGCGACGUCGUGGUCGGUAUCCCACAAGGCACUGUGCCCCCAGCUACACGCCUGCCUCCCGUCGUGGUGCCUCAGUCAACACCUAGGUUACCAACACCUGCCCCCGCCACCACCACAGUGUCCGGUUCAGCACGCACGGAGUGCGACUAUCACGGGGAGGCCGUAGCUCACAAUGUGCCCUUCAGACGCGGCUGUCAGAUCUGUCUCUGUUUUGAUGUCGUCAGCAACCUGGUCAGCUGCACCGACCUAUGUAUCCCUGACAGUGACUGGGGAGGCUACCUUCACACCGGAUGUACUCUCCAACCCCCACUUCCGGGGAAAUGCUGUAAGCGGCCUACCUGCGGUGGAACGCUGCCUGCUGACUUCAAAUACCCACCAGGAUAUGACCCAAACAACUAAAUGGUCUCUGGUCGAUCUUUGCACUCGAUUUUAAGACUGUUUAAAGCUGGUGAACCAUUAGCCCUAUAUGAAUAACUUGAAGUGCUGUCAAAAUUACUUAUCCGUCUUUUAUAUAGUUAUAUGUACCUUUAAAAGAAAGUAAUUGUCUGGGUAAUUGGUUUUGUACAAAGCCGGUGCUGACCUACUUUUGUGAGGGCAGCUUUUCGAAAUACAUGCUUUUAAAUUUCAACUCAAUAAAGUUUUUUUUUUGUUAUUGAC